ACAAAUGGGACGACCCUCUCGCAUUUUUAUCUCUUCACAACCUGACAUUUCAUGUGUCAAACCUCUCUUCUUCUACAGUACUUUUGAACAUCUAUCGUAUACUUUCCUUCACUGCUACGCUCCAUUAAUUCUGAUUUUCUCACCUCAAUUCCCGAGGCAUAGCUCCCACUUUGUGUUGCCCCCAGAGAUCGUAUUCAAAUAUUUGGGGUUUCCGCAUUGUAGAGAUCCCAGUAUGAGGUUCUUCAUUUGAAUUUGAGUGAAUGGGUUUGCUUCAAAAUCUUUGAGUCCAGGCUGUAUUGAGUGAAGGGCAGUGUUUGGGAUUCUUGAUUUGGGGUCAAAGAUUUGAGCUUUUCCUGAUUCAUCUGGGGAGUUUGUUUGUUUCCUUUUUUCUGGAUUCAAUCUGGAAGCCGGGUUUUGCCUGCGGUGGUGAGUUGUGGAAGGGGCCGGUGAAUAAUGCGGCGGCGGGCGGCCGAUUAUCGGCGCCCGGUUCGAAGGAGGUUCUCUUGUUGGAUCUGGACGCUACUCGGAAUAUUCUUUGUCGCAGGUUUCGUUUUGUUUGUGUUGCAUCACCUGCAUGACAGUAAGGAUCAUGUAGAACAGCAAAAUUUGGAUAGAGGUUCCAGAAAUGAUCAGGUUGUACAUGAGCGUUUAAAUUUUACCCAAGAAAUAUCGAGUGCGGGAUCAUAUGCCCGACAAUUAACGGAGCAGAUGACACUUGCCAAGGCUUAUGUGAUUAUAGCAAAGGAGCACAAUAAUCUUCAUCUUGCGUGGAAGCUUAGCGUCAAGAUAAGAAGUUGUCAGUUUCUGCUUUCCAAGGCUGCUAUGAGGGAAGAACCCGUCUCUUUAGAUGAAGCGGAGCCAAUCAUUCAAAGCUUAUCGUCGCUAAUCUUUGAGGCACAGGAUGUGCACUAUGAUAUAGCGACCACUAUGAUGACAAUGAAGUCGCAUAUCCAAGCUCUCGAAGAGCGUGCGAAUGCGGGGUCCGUUCAAAGUACAGCGUUUGGACAGCUAAUCGCCGAAUCGGUUCCUAAAAGCCUUCACUGCCUAGAUAUUACGCUCACGACUGAUUGGCUUAAGAAAAUGUCGCUGCGGGAUCUCGCGGAUAAAACGAGAAACUCUCCUCGGUUAGUGGACAACAACUUGUACCACUUCUGCGUGUUUUCGGAUAACGUGCUGGCGGUUUCGGCUGUGGUUAACUCGACCGUUUCCAACGCUAAUCAUCCCCAGCAGCUCGUGUUCCAUAUCGUGACAAACGGGGUGCAUUAUGGAGCGAUGCAAACUUGGUUUCUCAGUAAUGAUUUUAAAGGGUCGACGAUCGAGGUGCAAAAUAUCGAAGACUUGAGAUGGCUGAAUGCUUCUUACUCUCCCGUCGUUAAGCAGCUGCAAGAAGCGGACGUGCAGGAAUAUUAUUUUGGCGGGUCCGAGGAUGCGAAUAUCGAGCCAAAGCUUCGCAACCCAAAGUACGUAUCUUUGUUGAAUCACCUCCGCUUUUAUAUCCCGGAAAUCUACCCCCAGCUGGAGAAGGUAGUGUUUCUCGACGACGAUGUUGUCGUGCAAAAGGAUCUCACGCCGCUCUUCUCGUUGGAUUUGCACGGGAACGUGAACGGCGCGGUGGAAACAUGUCUGGAAGCCUAUCACCGUUUCUACAAGUAUCUCAACUUCUCGAACCCGCUCAUCAGCUCAAACUUUGACCCGCAGGCCUGCGGGUGGGCGUUCGGUGUGAAUGUGUUCGAUUUGAUCGCGUGGAGGAAAGCAAACGUGACUGCACAAUACCAUUACUGGCAAGAACAGAACGGUGAUGGGAGCAUUUGGAAGACGGGGACCCUUCCUCCGGGCCUAUUAGCCUUUUACGGGAGGACAGAGCCACUGGACCGGAGAUGGCACGUUCUGGGAUUGGGGUACGACCUUCACAUCGACAAGAACUUGAUCGAGAGCGCAGCUGUGAUUCACUUCAACGGGAACAUGAAGCCAUGGCUAAACUUGGGGAUUAGUAGUUACAAGCCUUUAUGGGAACGGUAUGUGGAUCGCAGCAAUUUAUACAUUAAGGGUUGUGUUAACCGGUGAAAAAUGAUUCUUUUUUGGCAUUGUUAAACUUAUUCCAUCCCUGAUAUUGGCAUUGCCAUAGAUUUAGGUUUAGGAAAUUUUGACCUUCUUUGGCUUCUCAUGAAUUUUUAAUAGCUGGGAGAGUAAAAAUGAUUCUUCUAUACCAAAAGGAACUUGUUUUCAGGACACCAGGUUAUGCAUGAAAUUAUAUUCUUAUUAUUAUUAUUA